AUGGCCCAAGACGACAACUCCAUCAAUCACUCUCAAGAUGUUCCCGACCAAGAGCCGCAUUACAGGUUCGGAGCGGUUGAAAUUGGCAUCAUUGUAGCCUCAUGUGUUAUUCUGGCAUCCUUCUUCAUCACCCGCUUCUAUAUCCACAAGCUACAGCGCCGUCGACAGCUAGACAUGGAGUUCCAGGCCCGGCAGAGAGACCUGGAGGCGGCCUAUGAAGAAGACUGCAAACAACGAGUGGCCAGCAUGGUAUCAGACACAGGCGCUGAGGCACCGAUACUGAAGGGCAACAUCACUAUCCAGUCCAAGAUCAACAACGAGUCUGAGAACAAGCAGAUGCCGAAGCCUCCCCUUUGGCGUUACAUCAACUCGAAACAUCCGCGCACCGGCUCGGUCACACUCGUUAUUCCUCUUCAGAACUAG